CAACAGCGGUCAUGAUCUUCUAAGCUGGCGUUUCCUUUACCCACCAGGAAAAGAUUUGGAAGAGGAUCUGAGGAUAAAAGGUAUUGACACUAAUAUGAAUCAGUGUGAAGAGCAAGAGGAUGAAGCCCAGAGAGCUAAAGUCCAUCUGAGCAGCAAACUGAGGACCCAGAUCACAGCAGAGAGAGCGGAGCUACCAAGACGAGAAUCUGAUGCAUCGGAAACAAGCACCGUGUCCUUCCAGUCUCGAGAACCACCUAUUGCUUUUAAAACUGCACCUUUGGAGACAAAUUCUGACCAACAGAGCUCCGAUGUUCUCGGCACAGAGUCUGCAGCUCAGCAUCUGACUCAGCUGGAUUCUGUGUUCAUGGUACUGGAGGAAAAUAUUCUGACUUUUAUGAAGAAUGAACUGAAGAAUUUUCAUAAAGUUCUGGAUCCAGAUUCUUCCUAUGAUUCAGAGAGAGAAAUGGAGAACGAAGAUGUCCUGGUUGGUGAGAAUGAAGAGCAGAGGAGGAGGAUCAGGGAGUCAUUUCUGAAGAUGGUGCUGGACUUCCUGAGAGGAAUGGAACAUGAGAACCUAGCAGACCUUCUGCAGAGCAGAAUUCCUAUCACAGACUUUCAGCGGAGACACAGAGCUAACCUAAAAAAUAAGUUUCAGUUUGUGUUUGAGGGGGUUGCCAGGGAAGGAAACCCAACCGUCCUGAAUGAGAUCUACACUGAGCUUUACAUCACAGAGGGAGGAGCUGCAGAGGUCAACGAUGAACAUGAGAUCAGACACAUCGAAACGGCUUCAAGAAAACAAGAAACGCCAGAAAAAACAAUUAGGCAAGAAGAUGUUUUUAGAGCACCACCAGGAAGGGUUGAACAGACCAGAACGGUGAUGACGAAGGGGGUAGCUGGUAUCGGAAAAACCCUCCUGACUCAGAAGUUCACUUUGGACUGGGCCGAGGACAAAAACAACCAGGAUAUCCAGUACAUCUUUCCCUUCACCUUCAGAGAGCUGAAUAUGCUGAAAAAGAGAAAGUUCAACUUGGUGGAACUUGUUCAUCAUUUUUUCCCAGAAAUCAAAGAAGCGCAAAUCUUCAGGUUUCAGGACUUCCAGGUUCUUUUCAUCUUUGAUGGUCUGGAUGAGUGUCGACUUCCUCUUGACUUCCAGAAAACCGAGAUCCUGACUGACGUCACAGAGUCCACCUCCGUGGGUGUGUUGUUGACAAACCUCAUCAGGGGGAAACUGCUUCCUUCUGCUCGCCUCUGGAUAACCACACGACCUGCAGCGGCCAAUCAGAUCCCUCCCCGGUGUGUUGACCUGGUGACGGAGAUCCGAGGAUUCACCGACUCACAAAAGGAAGAGUACUUCAGGAGGAGGUUUAAAGAAAAGAAGCAGGCGAAGAACGUCAUCUCCCACAUCAAGGCGUCGAGAAGCCUCUACAUCAUGUGUCACAUUCCCAUCUUCUGCUGGAUUAUAGCUACGGUACUGGAGUGUGUUUGGAUUAGAGAUAAAGGAGAAAUGCCAAAGACCCUGACUGAGAUGUACGUCCAUUUUUUGGUAGUUCAAACAAAAGUGAAAAAGGUCAAAUAUGACGGCCAGCCAGAGGGAGAUCCACACUGGACCCUAGAGAACAAAAAGAUGGUUGAGUCUCUGGGUAAACUGGCCUUUGAGCAACUGUUGAAGGGAAACCUGAUCUUCUACGAAUCUGACCUGACAGAGUGUGGUAUUGAUGUCCAAGCAGCCUCAGUUUACUCAGGAGUCUUCACACAGAUCUUCAGAGAGGAGCGAGGGUUGCACCAGGAGAAGGUGUUCUGCUUCGUCCAUCUGAGCGUCCAGGAGUUUCUGGCUGCUCUUUAUGUCCAUCUCACCUUCAAGAACACCGGAGUCAACCUGCUGAGAUCCUCCCAAGUAUUGAAAGAAAGACAAAAUGAAUGUUCAAAAACCGAGCUGCACCAAACAGCUGUGGAUAAGGCCUUAGAGAGUACAAACGGACAUCUGGACCUCUUCCUGCGCUUUCUUCUAGGUCUUUCCUUGCCAACAAACGAAAAGCUUCUGCAAGGACUGCUCCUACAGUCAAUUAGAAGCUCAGAAACCAACCGAGAAUCGAUAGACUACAUAAAAAAGAAGAUAGCUGAGAAUCUGUCUCCUGAGAAAAGCAUUAAUCUGUUUCACUGUAUGAAUGAACUUAACGAUUGUUCUUUAGUGGAGGAAAUCCAGCAGUACUUGCGAUCAGGAAGUCUGUCCUCGUGUACGCUGUCCUCUUCUCAGUGGUCAGCUCUGGCUUUCAUCUUACUCUCCUUGGAGAAGGAUUUGGACGUGUUUGACCUGAAGCAAUACUCUGCUUCAGAAGAGGCUCUGCUGAAGCUUCUGCCAGUGGUCAAAGCCUCUAACAAAGCUCUACUCAGUUGCUGUAACCUGUCUGAGAUCAGCUGUGAAGCUCUGUCCACAGUCCUGGAAUCUGAGAACUCCUCUCUGAGAGAGUUGGACCUCAGCAACAACAGCCUGGGAGAUUCAGGAGUAAAGAUCCUCUCUGUUGGACUACAAAGUCCACACUGUAAACUGGAGAGCCUCAGGCUAUCAGGUUGUCAGAUUACAGAGGAAGGGUGUGCGUCACUGAUCUCAGCUCUAAGCGCCAACCCCUGUCACCUGACCGAGCUGGACCUCAGCUACAAUGACCUUGGAGAAAGUUCUGCUGGCCUAAAGUCCACCAAACUGGAAACUCUGAGGGUGGACCACAGUGGAGAGCAAUGGUUAACCCCUAGUCUACGGAAAUACUUCUGUGAACUUUUGUUUGACACAAACACGAUAAACACGAACCUGAAGCUGUCCGACGACCAGCGGAUGGUGACGGUGUUGGAGGAGGAGCAGCCGUAUCCGGACCACGGAGACAGAUUCAGUUGGUGGCAGCUAAUGUGCAGAAACGGGAUGACUGGUUGCUCCUACUGGGAGGUGGAGUGGAAGGGAAGGGUUCAUAUUUCCGUCAGUUACAGAAGUAUCAAGAGGAGAGGAUUCAGAACCGACUGCAGGUUUGGAGAGAACGAUAAGUCCUGGAGUUUGAGCUGCUCUGAUACUGUUGGGUACUCCGUCUGGCACAACAACACCGUUACGACCAUCUCCUUUUCCUCGCCCUCAUCCUCCACAGUGUCCAACAGAAUCGCUGUCCAUUUGGACUUCCCAGCUGGAUCUCUGUCCUACUAUAAAGUUUGCUCCGGCAGGCUUAUCCACCUACACACUGUAAACACCACAUUCAAAGAACCAGUUUAUCCUGGAUUCGGGUUCUGGUCUUAUGGUUCCACAUUGAAACUCUGUUCGUAUGAAAACUGCAAGUCUUUGGAAGCAGCUUUGAGUGUAAACUGAAGUGUUAGAUUAUGAAUAUCUAUAUAAAUGUGUCAUAUUAGUUAUACCAUGUUUGACUUUUGCUAAAAUGUAAAACUAAUUAUAGAUUGUUACAUAUAGAAUACUGAAGAUUUUAUAGCAUGCACUGCUUGAUGUGUACCAGCCUGCAUAUAGUAAAGGUUUGUUCAAUUAACCACAUUAUCUUUCAGCUGUUACUGAAAAUGGUUCCUGAAAUGGAAAUAUGUUCACUUCCAUUAGCAUGUUAGCUAACACGUACUACCUUUGUAAUAUACUUAUUUAAACAUCGGCAAAGAUGUGUGAAUAUUGCUAUGUGUAAUGACGACUGUUUCUAGUUUAUUAGAAGUAAAACCUGCUUUUUUUUCAACGUCUCCCACUUAGAAGUCAUGGAGGAAAUUGUCGUUGUAGGUGCGUGUCCACUGUGAGAGACACAAUCUAAGAAAAAAGAAAAUCGAUACAUAUCCAGCUGUAAUUUAGUUCAUAACACUAGUUAUCUAUAUAUUAUAUUCAUUUAUUAGUAAGAUUCUGUUUAUAAU